CUCAGGCCUAAGCAGGCUACGUGAAACCUAGAUUUGCCAGCUCGCGUUUUUCAUCUUGAAGUAUUAACUAAUCUGUCCUGACCACGCGAGAAGGAAGCACGACACUCAAGGAGAAAAGCACGUUUCCCAUUCCAACAGACAAACAAGGGUCUUUUUUUCUUUUGGCUACCCACCCUUGUGGACGACCACAGACGCACUCAUUUACAGUAGCACGCCCUGCUUGUGAGACGUUUUGCUUGGAGCUGCAGUCGUAUCCCGAUGAAGGACACAUAGCAUUAUCUAGAAUUCUGACGUGCUACUUUUGCAUCCGACCUGGUGCUAUCAUUCACGUUUUACGUUUUUUUCCGAACAAACCCUUUAAAAACUCCUUGGCAGAGCGGAUCCCGCGCGACGUCCUAGCGUACUAGAGGUGGGGCGCAAGACACAAGUUUUUUGAUUAUCCACUUGCAGGAAGUAGACGAAGAGCAAGAGAAGAACAUUCGAAGGUCAACAUUAUCAUAUCUCCCCCAUUGCGCCACAACAUCAAGAAGCAGACAAGGAAGGAGACGGGUCGUAAAGCGAGGUGGAAGAAGCGCAGUUUUGGCGUCGCGUGUUUAUUGUGCGGAAAAAUCCCCCCUCCCCAUAUCGAAAGCGGAAUUUGUGUUGCUGUAUUUGAGUACACAAAUCACAUCUGUCUUGCUAGAGAGGACUGCAGACCCAUAUCAAGCCUGAGCAGAGAGGCUUUGACUUAGGCGCUUAGCAUGAAAAGCGUCCGUGAUGUUGGCUCAACAGCAUGACAAACCGCCUCCAUAAUGGGACGGAAGCUGUUGCCCUUGUCUUCUUGCAACACAAACGUGAUUUGUGACCUCAAAUCAGCAACACAAAAUUUCGAAAGCCUAACUCUUCAAUAUGGGGAGGGGGGAUUUUUCCUUUUGAUAGUGUUCGAAGCUUAUUUACAUUCGCGUACAUCCUCGUCGCGUGUUCGAAGCUCCUCUCCUCCCAGAUCAAAGUCGCGCACUUCUGUGAAGCCGGGAUAUGAUGAUCUCCUCUGAAUGAUGAGUGCCCAGGUCUUCAAAGGCGCACACUGCUUUUGUGACGCAAGAUGAAGAUCUCAUCUUCUUAGAGACCUGAUCACAUCAUAAUAGUGUGAGUUUUUAAAGCACAGUCAGAAUGAAUCAGUACUAUCCCAGCCAGUGUCAGUACUUCUUCUAUCGCUGUUCUUUUCCAGAUUUAUCAAUCUUGCAGCUCACGAUCUACUGGCGGCGUGGUGCUUUGAGGUCGUACCUGCAUAUCGAUCUGGAAGCCCUUGCAGCUCGGGGCCGCACCUCCUCGAAGGUGCCAGUAGAAGUUCUUAGGUACUACACAUGCUGCUGCGAAAGGCAAGAUAGAACCGCUUGCGCGAUGGCUAGCACUUUAAACCAGGAACAAGCAGUGCUAUGCUGUAUAAAAGGCAGUGUAAAUUUUUUGGGGGCAACAACAUAACAAGGAAAAGAAAAAGAAG